AUGGACGAGGUCAUUAAUUGUAACCUUCUCCAAAGACCUGCCCAGGAGUAUCUUUCUAACAGCUCUGCAACCAUACAGUCCGGCGCAAUCGCAGGCCUAACCGUCGAUUGCUCUCUUUACCCCCUCGACACCAUCAAAACCCGACUCCAAAAAGCACGCGACCAUACCGCACCCCAAACCCGAGUCUCCCUACGCCAAACCUUCCGCGGUAUCUACGCCGGCCUCCCAUCCGUGCUCUUUGGCUCUGCCCCCUCCGCCGCCUCCUUCUUCAUCGUCUACGAUGGCGUCAAGCGCACCCUACUCGCCCCCCAACCCGCCAACGGCAAAACCAACCCGCAGCCCCGCUCCCACAUACUCCUCACACACUCACUCGCCUCCUCACUCGGCGAAAUCGCCGCAUGCGCCGUCCGCGUCCCAACAGAAGUCAUCAAGCAGCGCGCCCAAGCCGGCCUCUUCGGCGGCUCGAGUCUCCUCGCACUGAAGGACAUCCUGUCCCUGCGACACGCGGCCACAGCAAGCACAACCACAACGACCUCAACCCCAGCAGCGAAGCGCGGCUACGCCCAGGUCUUCCGCGAACUCUACCGCGGAGCCGGAAUCACAAUCGCCCGCGAGAUCCCCUUCACCGUGCUGCAGUUCACCAUGUGGGAGUCGAUGAAGGAAGCCUAUGGCAAGCGGUACCUGCGAACUGCGGAGACGGCCUCGUCUCUUGCCGAGACGCAUAUCCCCGCUUCGACGAGCGCCAUGUUCGGCAGUGUUGCGGGAGCCAUUGCGGCUGGCCUAACUACCCCGCUCGAUGUGAUUAAGACGCGGGUUAUGCUUGCGCGGCGUGGAGAUGGGGGCGUUGAAGCGCCUAUUCAUCUCAAGGAGGUUGUGCGCGGGAUUGCGCGUGAAGGGCCCGGUGCUUUCUGGCGUGGUAUUACGCCGCGUGUGACGUGGAUUGGUAUUGGUGGGGCUGUGUUCCUUGGGAGUUAUCAGUAUGCUUCUAAUACCCUUGAGGGCCGCCGGGAGGUGCAGGCGGAGAAAGGUCUUUAA